AUGCGUUCAGCUCGCCACCUCCACCUCCCGGUCUGGGCCCUCCUUCUCCUCCUGCACUUCUCAGCCUUCGUCCCGGGAGCCAGAGGACAGCAAGAAACCGACGAUGAGUCGGAGUUCAGCUACGACUUCGGGUCGGAGAACGGGCCGGAGAACUGGGGCAAGAUCAAGGAGGAGUGGGCGACAUGCGGCACCGGGCGGAUGCAGUCGCCCAUCGACCUCUCCGACCGCCAUGCCGCACAGACGCCGAACCUCGGGUACCUCAACCACUCCUACCGCUCUGCCAAGGCCUCCAUCGUCAACCGUGGCCAUGACAUCGCGGUGACGUUCCAGGGCGAUGCCGGGAGCUUGUGGAUCAACGGCACUGCUUACCACCUCAGGCAGGUACACUGGCACUCCCCCAGCGAGCACCAUCUAAACAGCCACCAGUACAGCCUGGAGCUCCACAUGGUUCACCUCAGCACCGAGAACAAGGCUGCCGUGAUCGGCCGCCUCUAUAAGAUCGGUAGGCGCGACCAUUUCCUGCACAAGCUAGAGCCUUACCUGCGGAGGAUGGCAGGCACGAAGGAGAAGGAGGAGAACGUCGGCGUGGUGGAUCCCUGGGAGGCGAGGGGCGAUGGUGAAGCCUACUACCGGUACACGGGCUCCCUAACCACGCCGGCGUGCGGCGAGGGGGUCAUCUGGACCGUCAUCAAGAGGAUGAAUGCUAAACUUACUGACAUACGGUCACUAACGCCCCCGAUAUUCUCUAUCCAAAUUUUAAAAGGCUUUGAGAUGAACGCGAGACCCCUUCAGAAGUUGAAUGGCAGAGAUAUCAGCCUUUUCUGCGCUCAUGAUGACCACGAACGCUAUUACGCAGCUGCUGAUUAUUAA